AUGUCUGACACACCGUCCCGUCCGACGCUCUUGCUCAUAAAUGGCCCGAACCUGAACCUUCUCGGAACCAGAGAACCGCAGAAAUACGGCAAAACCACUUUGGCUGAUCUCGAAGCGUUGGUCGAAUCACGUUGUGCAUCCCAAGAUUUAGUCCUGCAAAAGUUCCAGUCCAAUCACGAAGGCGCAAUUCUCGACUUCAUCCAUGGCUUCGCUGGCAAUGCAGCUGUCAAAGGCGUGAUCAUUAAUGCAGGUGCCUACACACAUACAAGCGUUGCCAUCAGAGACGCAUUAUUAGGUGUCAAUACUCCCUUCAUAGAGGUUCAUAUCACAAACGUACAUGCUCGCAUUCAAGGCUACUUCGCGGCAGUCGACUUCUUUGCUGAGAAGCUGAAAGCGGAGACGAAUGUGUGA